AUGCUGGGCGCGUCGGGUACGGGGCUCGUGCAGGGCCUGCGGGCAGGGACGCAGGUGUGGCUGUGGGGCUCGCGCGGCCGCUCCCUCACCUUGCCGCACGCGGCCCGUGGGCUCCACGCGGGAGACUGGCGGCCCUCAGCCGGGCGGGGUCCGCUCGAGCGGCGGCCGAGCCUGCCUGCGGCGGCGAUCGUGAACUCGGCACCCCGCCCUCUGCAGCCCUACCUGCGCCUCAUGAGGUUGGACAAGCCCAUAGGAACCUGGCUACUGUAUCUGCCAUGUACUUGGAGCAUUGGUCUGGCAGCUGAACCAGGUUGUUUUCCAGAUUGGUACAUGUUAUCCCUCUUUGGCACCGGAGCUGUUCUGAUGCGUGGAGCAGGCUGUACUAUUAAUGACAUGUGGGACCAGGACUACGAUAAAAAGGUUACAAGAACAGCAAGUCGCCCAAUAGCUGCUGGAGACAUUUCAACUUUUCAAUCCUUUGUUUUUCUUGGGGGACAGCUGACCUUGGCACUGGGUGUUCUUCUGUGUCUGAAUUACUACAGUAUAGCUCUUGGAGCAGCAUCCCUACUUCUUGUCAUCACCUACCCGCUAAUGAAGAGAAUUACAUACUGGCCUCAAUUAGCCUUGGGGUUGACUUUUAAUUGGGGAGCAUUACUUGGAUGGUCUGCUGUCAAGGGCUCCUGUGAUCCAUCUGUUUGCCUUCCUCUCUAUUUUUCUGGAAUUAUGUGGACUCUAAUAUACGAUACUAUCUAUGCUCAUCAGGACAAGAGAGAUGAUGCUCUGAUCGGGCUUAAGUCCACAGCACUGCUGUUCCGUGAAGAUACCAAGCAGUGGCUCAGUGGCUUCACUGUGGCGAUGCUGGGGGCACUGAGCCUGGUGGGAGUGAACAUUGGUCAAACUGUGCCCUACUACACUGCCCUGGCUGCUGUAGGGGCCCAUCUGGCUCACCAGAUUUACACUCUGGACAUCCACAGACCUGAGGAUUGUUGGGAUAAAUUCACCUCCAACCGAACAAUAGGACUAAUAAUUUUUUUAGGAAUUGUCCUUGGGAAUUUGUGGAAAGAAAAGGAGACAGAUAAAACAAAGAAAAAUAUAGAUAAUAGAGUAGAAAAUUAGCAAAUUAAGUUUAUCUGGGGAUUUUUAAAACCAACUUUUACAAAAUA